UCCGCCCUGGAGCUAUAAAAGGACACUACGUCACUUCCGUUCUCUCUUCCACAGGAGGCCUGCUGGGCGCCGGUUCUGCCGCCACCAUGUCUCUAGUGAUCCCUGAGAAGUUCCAGCACAUUUUGCGAGUACUCAACACUAAUAUCGAUGGGCGGCGCAAAAUAGCCUUCGCCAUCACUGCCAUUAAGGGUGUGGGACGAAGGUACGCCCAUGUGGUACUGAGGAAAGCAGACAUUGACCUGACCAAGAGGGCAGGAGAGCUCACUGAGGACGAGGUGGAACGGGUGAUCACCAUCAUGCAGAACCCGCGCCAGUACAAGAUCCCGGACUGGUUCUUGAACAGACAGAAGGACGUCAAGGACGGGAAGUACAGCCAGGUCCUGGCCAACGGUUUGGAUAACAAGCUCCGGGAGGACCUGGAGCGGCUGAAGAAGAUCCGCGCCCAUCGAGGGCUGCGCCACUUCUGGGGCCUUCGCGUCCGAGGCCAGCACACCAAGACCACGGGCCGCCGUGGCCGGACUGUGGGUGUGUCCAAGAAGAAAUGAGUCUGUGGGCUUUCUCUGUGAAUAAAUAGUUUCUAUACCUA